AUGGCUCACAAAACUCGCUUAUUGCUGUUUUCUCUGUUUCUGUUCUUAAUCUCCAUCAAUGCCAAGCUUCAACUCUACCCUUCAGAUUUCAAGGCUCUCUUAGCCCUGCGAAAGGACCUCGGAGUCAACGGUCAACUGGACGCAAAUGAGGCAUGUUACGCGGAGGGUGUGUUCUGCGAGCGAAGGCUCUCCGACAAGGAAACCUACGUGCUUCGAAUCACCAGGUUGGUGUUCAAAUCCAAGCAUCUCAACGGUGUCUUGUCCCCCGCCAUAGGAUCCCUCACGGAGCUCAAACAACUCUCUCUCUCCGACAACCAACUCGUUGACCGAAUCCCUCCCCAAAUCGUUGACUGCCGCAAGCUCGAAAUUCUCGACCUUGCUAACAAUCUCUUCUCCGGCGAGGUCCCCUCCGAAAUCUCCUCUCUCACGCGCCUCCGCGCGUUGGACAUCUCCUCCAACAAACUCUCUGGCAACCUCAACUUCCUCAAGUACUUCCCCAACCUCGAAACCCUCUCCGUCGCCGACAACCUCUUCACCGGAAGGGUCCCCUCUUCCGUUCGCUCCUUCCGCAACCUCCGCCACUUCAACUUCUCCGGCAACGGCUUCCUCGAAUCCUCUCUCCGCUUCCAACAUUCCUCCUCAUCAGACACCGUUCUCUCCAGACGUUACCUUUCGGACGUUGGUGAAGCACCUUCUCCUGCACCUACCUCAAACAAGAGAAACGCCAAAGCUUCUCAUGGUUCCCCUGCAGCGGCACCUGGUCCUUCAUUUAACCACCGAAAACACAGGCACAGUAAGAGAAAGCUCGCUGGGUGGAUUCUCGGGUUUUUGGCUGGGGCAGUGGCUGGAACCUUAUCAGGGUUCGUGUUUUCUCUCUUGUUUAAACUGGCUUUGGCACUGAUCAAAGGAAGAGGAAAGAGAGUGGGUCCCGAUAUUUAUAGUCCGUUUAUUAAGAAAGCAGAGGAUUUGGCCUUCUUGGAGAGAGAAGAAGGAAUCACUUCGUUGGAAAUCAUUGGACGCGGUGGCUGUGGGGAGGUUUACAAGGCUGAGUUACCAGGAAGCAAUGGCAAACUGAUUGCUAUAAAGAAAGUUGUUCAACCUCCUAAAGAUGGUGCUGAAUUAGCAGAGGAAGAUAGCAGGCUUCUGCAUAAGAAAAUGAGGCAAAUUCGGUCUGAGAUUAACACUGUGGGAAAAAUUAGACACCGAAACCUUCUGCCUCUGUUGGCGCAUGUUUCUAGGCCUGAUUGCCACUACCUGGUGUAUGAAUUCAUGACGAAUGGUAGCUUGCAGGAUAUGCUGAGCAAGGUUGAAAGGGGUGAGGCAGAGUUGGAUUGGUUGGCGCGGCAUAGAAUUAUGCUUGGUGUUGCUUCUGGACUUGAAUACCUUCACAUGAGUCACGACCCUCGCAUCAUUCAUAGGGAUCUCAAGCCCGGAAAUAUUCUUCUUGAUGAUGACAUGGAAGCUCGCAUUGCUGAUUUUGGACUCGCUAAGGCAAUGCCAGAUUACAAGACUCACAUAACCACCUCCAUUGUGGCUGGCACUGUGGGGUAUAUUGCUCCUGAGUAUCACCAGAUACUUAAGUUCACUGAUAAGUGUGAUAUCUACAGCUUUGGGGUUAUCCUUGGGGUGUUGGUGAUUGGCAAGCUUCCUUCUGAUGAGUUCUUUCAGCACACCGAAGAGAUAAGUUUGGUCAAGUGGAUGAGGAAGGUUUUGAGUUCUGAGAAUCCUAAGGAGGCUGUUGAUUCGAAGCUGCUGGGGAAUGGGUAUGAGGAGCAGAUGCUUCUUGUGUUGAAGAUUGCAUGCUUUUGCACCAUGGAUGAUCCCAAGGAGAGGCCAAACAGUAAGGAUGUUAGGUGCAUGCUUUCACAGAUCAAACCCUGA